AGCAGUCCGGCUAGGAACCCGAAACAACCAUGGACCAAGAAGCCGUGGGCAAUAUCGUCCUGCUGGCCAUUGUCACCCUCAUCAGCGUGGUCCAGAAUGGGUUCUUUGCCCACAAGGUGGAGCACGAAAGCAAGACCCACAAUGGGCGGAGCUUCCAGAGGACUGGGACGCUGGCCUUCGAGCGGGUCUACACUGCCAACCAGAACUGUGUGGAUGCCUACCCCACCUUCCUUGUCAUGCUCUGGAGCGCCGGGCUUCUCUGCAGCCAAGUUCCUGCUGCCUUUGCUGGACUGAUGUAUCUGUUCGUGAGGCAGAAGUACUUUGUUGGCUACCUGGGGGAGAGAACUCAGAGCACGCCUGGUUACAUAUUCGGGAAACGCAUUAUCCUGUUCCUAUUCGCCAUGUCCCUCGCUGGGAUACUCAACUAUUUCCUCAUCGCCUUUUUCGGAAGUGACUUUGAAAACUACAUCAGGACCAUCACCACCACCAUCUCCCCUCUCCUUCUCAUCCCUUGAGUCUCUGCUGAAUUCCGGUUGGUGUGCUCAGCUAAUCGAUACCUAGAAGCCAUCAAAGCGCAAACCUUUAAGAGAGGCUGUAAAUCUAAUGACCUGCUGGGCUUUGCAGCUUGAGUGAACCUCGCUUUUCCUGGAAGAGGAAAUUUUCACAUCAGCCUCGCCCUCUGAACAAGGCCGAGGCCCCACAUUUGCAAAUUCAGAUCCCUUCUGUGUGUUUCGUGACUUAUCCUGCUUUCUGAAGACGUUU